UAUUAUUGAAGUGGCAAAUGGACUAUUUACAGGUCUGAUCAUGGACCUGAAGAAAAUGUACGGGCUAUGGACCAACGGGGAAGUCAAGGAGUUGCUUGGCAUUUUUCCUGAGGACGACAAUUGUUGAGAUUCUCUGUAAAGCAGGCAGGUCAUUGAAACCCCCACCAGCUGGUGUGAAUUGCUUAUGAUAUCUUCAAGGGUACUAUUCUUCAGGGUCCCAUUAGUUGGGGUGAGUGUAUUCAACUGGAAGAGAACUUAGGAUUCCAUUGUAAAGUUGUUGCCAAAAGUUUGUCACUCAUCAUAAAAGGUGGUCUAAGGCGCCAAGAUCCUCAUUUGCAGCACCCAAGACUUUCUCCAUUUGUAUUGUUUUCUAUGUACUUUGUGUGCAGCUCUCCCCUCACUCGUCCUCCUCUGAUGUGACCUCAGUCUGGUCACAGAGAGAGUCCCUGACGUUUUGGCAUCUGUGAACAGACCAGUCAAUGCAUCAGCUCCAUUAAAUAACUCCACAUCCAGGCAGAGAGAACACUCUGAAACACAGGGAGCUAAUUUGAGAAGAGAGCGGUAUUCGGACAGCCACCUGCUCGCGUCUCUCACCGAGCUGCAGACUCUGGUGUCGGUGCUGGGACAGUGAACAGAGAGAGCAGUGCUGCUGGAGUCUGUCAGAGGAGCAGGGAGAAUGUCAGGGAGCAACCAGCCGCUGGACCUGGUGCCCAUUAAAGAACUGGAGCUCAUUUUGGAUUCCUGCACUCUGGAGCUCUCUGCAGUGGAUGAAGUGUGGCCCAACCUGUACAUUGGAAAUGUGGCUGUGGCACAGAACAAAAAGACGUUACAUAAGCUGGGCAUCACUCAUGUCCUGAAUGCCGCACACUCCAAGCAGGGCAGCAUCGGGGACCAGACUUUUUACGAGAACACCUGUGUUUACUUUGGCAUCCCGGCUGAGGAUUCAGAGCACUUUGACCUCAGUCAGCACUUCAGACCUGCAGCUGACUUCAUCCAUAAAGCCCUGAAGAGCAAAGAUGGGAAAGUGCUAGUGCACUGCAUCAUGGGAGUGAGUCGAUCGGCCUCUUUGGUCAUGGCAUACUUGAUGUUGCGGCAGCGUCUCCCUCUGAGAGAUGCUCUGAGGCAAGUCGUCCAAAAAAGAGCCAUUUACCCCAAUCGCAACUUCCUGUCCCUGCUCCUCAAGCUGGAUGAUCAGCUGACGCUCAAACGAAGGUUGUGUCCUCUUCUCUGACGUCUGUCUUUCUCGUAGCAUGAGUCGCCUCAGGGCUCCAUUUCACUCCACAUUACAGUAAUUGGUGCUGGCAGUGUUUGUGAACAAUGAUUUCUUACCACAGUGAGUAUACUGUAGACAGUGGUGCAUGGUGAUAUUGAAAUUCCAUAUUUUUAUUGCUCUUUUCCUCAAGUUUAACUCCCGGCUACAGCAGCAAUGAUGAUGAUGUGUUUUUCCAUUUUGUAAAUAGGGGGUACAGAUUUGUUUUUCAUUUUCAAACUGUGUUCAAAUGUUUCCUCUCAGUGUUGUCAGUCCACAAAGACACCAAAAUGUCCACAAGUUUUGUAAAUACAUCUUUAUGAUUGUUGUCAAUGUCCAUUAAAGACAUUUUCUGAUAUUUCUUUUGAAUACUUUGGUCUCUACAGUGAUAUAAUGACUGACAAAGAACUUCCUUCAAUAUGUUUCAUUCUUUGCAAAUUACACUUUAUAACAAAAUGUGAUAGAACAGCUUCCUCCCAAAGACAAG